GCGCAAUACGAAGGCCUAGUGCCUUGGGACCAGAUACUGGCUGUGACGGCAUUUCUUGCCAUUGCGGGCUUCGUUGGCUUUGAAAUGCUCAUCCUCGUCUUCACCGUCUUCAAGCGCCAUACGGGCAUGUACUUCUGGAGCAUACUGGUCAGCAUCGUCAGCACGCUCGGCGCAAUACCCUUUUGCGUUCUCUUCGUUUGGUAUCCCAUCAAAUAUGCGGUCGUCUCGGCCGUCGGCCUCGCCUACGUCUACAGCAUCAUCAGCGUCGGCAACUCCUUGAUCCUGUACUCCCGGAUCAACCUGGUUACCGGCGGCCGUCGGCCUCGCUGGUUGCUGUACCUGAUCAUCGCUAGCGUGGUGGCCUUCCAGGUACCGCAUCUGAUCCUACUACCUGCGGCGGCCGUCACCCGAAACCCACGCUACAUCCAGCCGGAGCUCGUCCUCGGGCACAUCGCCGUGGUGGGGUACUGUGCGCGGGAAUUCGUCAUCUUGAUCAUAUUUGCAUACGAGGCGACUCGAAGCCUGCGGCCGCUGCUCUACAUCCGAGGCACCAAGACCCGAGAGGUGAUUAUUUACCUGAUCGUGGGUGGAAGUGUGGCGUUUGUGCUCGACACAGCGAACGUGGUGCUGGAGUUCGUGGUCUCGCGACCCAUCACGGCGGGCUUCAUCCUCUUCGCCAGCAGCCUGAAAGUCAAAGUGGAAUUCGCCUGCCUGAACAAACUCAUUCGCUUCGUGCAUUCUACCGGCCGCGUCGGGUCCUCGGGCACUGACACCUUACCGCUGGACCAAGACCUUACAGCACCGGUCGGGACCGUUAUGGUCGCAGCUCCCAAGCGUCGUGCCAGCUCGCACCCUCAAUCGCAACCUCAGCCGCAAACCCAACGGCAAUACCCUGAAACCACCCAGACCCAAGCUCGCCCCAGUCCACAUCCACGUCCUCACCCGCAUUCCUCCACCCUUCCGCACGGGGACGACAGCAUUUCAAUCACAUCGGCUGAGUCCGAUUCCGUGACCACCCCUCCUCGCGCCCUCACCCCAGAGCAUGCAAGCCACGAGCCGGAUGUCGAGGCGGCUAUGAGCAGCUCCCAUAUCAGCUAGCAUAUCCCAAGCACAGAGAACCAACACCGUUAUCCCCUCAGUACUGGCUACCCAAUGAAGCAACACCCUCAUUCCUUCACUCCACAGGUACCCAACACCCCUCACCCACUGAACAAAACCUCCUGCUUCUCACCCCCGAAUAUAUUCUCCCUCACCUUCCCUCUACCGCAUCGCAGAGACAAAGGGGGAGUCUGCUGUCAGACCUCGUGUCUACACCCUAGCAACCCCCCCCCC